AUUAAAUAAUAUAUAAAAAAAACCCCCAUAAAAUUAUAAUGUUUUAUCAUGCCUUCAAAGGAAACCACUGAAUCCACUGAUUUUAGAGUCAGAGGAAGGCCAUUUCAAAGUCUUGCAGACACAGAGGAGAAUGACUCUCUCUCCUUUGGUUUUCAAUCUUGUAUAGACGACUAUCAGCAGGCUUUGAUGACAGGACCUGAGGGCCCUAAUGGAGGUGUAAUGAUGUAGUAGUCCAGAGAUGUAGACCAGUGUCUGACGAUGUAAAGCUAUCCAGGUCAAAACAAUUAACCUCGAAGUGCACUCAAUAAUCAACCAGGAGCCAAUGAAGUUGCAUUAGUAAUUGAGUCAUGUGACAAAGUUUUUAAGAUCUAGUCUGAAGCAAAGCAGCCGCAUUUUGUACCGACUACAGCCGGUCUUAAUUUAACAGCUGAAAAGCGCACUGCAAUAAUCCAGCCAAGACAAAACAAAAGCAGGAAUUAAAAUUUCCAUCUCAGGUUGGAAAACAACUGGGCUAAAUUUGGCAACGUUUCACAAAUAGUAAAAUCAGGAUUGAUUUCUCUUGAUGAUACAAUGCCCUUCUGUGUCAAUGUAAUCAUUCAUUAUUUUUCUCUUCAUGUAUCACUUAAUGAUAAGGACAAAUUCACUGCCAACUCUGUAGCCUGCGGUCUGCAAAGAAUGUUCAAGAUGAAGUAGAUAAAACGACAAAUUACAAAUUCUUCAUCAACUCAACACAUCUUGACAGUAAGUCCAAAACAUUUACAACAGGUGGUUAUGUAAUAUUUUUUGUGGUAAAAGAAAGGCUCUCAUCGAUGAUCACAUACAGAUGUUUUCAUUCACAUUUAAAAGUCUGUUGAUGGCGUUUUUUUGUCCUGGUGACUGGAAGGCCACAUGUAAAAUCUCUCUUUAUUGUUAUUGACAUCAGCAAAUGUAAAGAAUGAUGUGACAUAAAAGCUUGUGUAAUUCAUCUGUCACUUAUUAACUUUGAUAGAGCUGCGGUUGUAAGACUUUUUAUAACAACCUCAGUAAUUGCUGUUUUUCAUGAAUCACUAUGACAGCGACCAUUUUAGAACAGCAGUUCUUAAGGAAUUUUGUCAUGUGGUGGGUUGUUAUUAAUCAAAAAAAAAGAGGAGUAACGAACAUACUUUUUCAUUGAAUUUUUACAUUUAAUUGAAAGAUGCCAUUUAAUAAUGCUCUGUUUGUAUUUGAGGUUCCAGGUUACAGAGGGAAACAGAAGUUGCCAUUUUUAGUGGCAAAGUUGGAGGCUUUUCACCAUUCCACCACCACUAAAGCCAAGCAACCACCAACAGAUCUCUUGAAGGUUGCUGCACAAUCUCCAUUUUGUACAGUAUGUUACUUAACUCAUGCAGGAAAAUAGAAGUGACCUGACAAAGUUCUGUUUAUCAAUCUUUGUCAGGGAUUAAGGGGCUUUCAGGCUGAAUAUUUCACUAACUCUGCUGUGCUCUCAAAUCCAUUCAUUUGUACUGCAUGCUCUGUGCAACAAAGGUUUUGCGUUGCGCGAUAAAAAGCUCAAGUGGCGCACAGCUCCCACUUUGCUGUGUAGGUGUGAGCAGCUUAGUGGAGCUUGCAUCGCACUCUUUCCAAAGCUGGAAUUUGCUAAAAUUUAACCGUGGUGUGCGGCCGGCUGUGUGGUUGGCGGAUACUUGUGCAGCCAAUGGAGACACAGUAUCUAGCUAUUUCACAUCUCACAACAAAAUGUUUGUUUUUAUUGAUGGUUUUAGCACAGUGAAAAUGCGUUUGCAGAUAAAAUAUGGCCAUCAUCUACUUAUGAAACGUCCAUUUAAAAAAAAAAAAAAAAAAAAAAACUGUUCUCUGUUGCGGUUUAAUAGAGCGUGGCACUAUCAGGGGUAUUUUCAGUUUAGCAACACAUGUUUCCCUGCAAAACACGCAAGGGAAAUUCAGAGAAUGCCACAUUCGGUCUGAAAGCCACUUUAUCAGGAAAGUAAGUGAAUUCAUAGGAAUAGACCAGCCAUCGUAUGUCCUACUACAUCUCGUAAACAAACCCAAUAAGUGUUUCUAUUUUGCCUCUUAGAAGCAUCAUUCAACAUUAGAAAUGCAGAAAUGAAGAAUAUUCUUUCUCAAAUUCCAUUAUUUUAAAUUAUUUUAUGUCUUCAAGACUCAUAUUUAACCACGUCUUCAUGGCAGAUUCUGUGCCCAUAGAAACUAUGGAAAGCUUUCUUCUUUGCAAAAUAAUAAUAAUAAAAAAAAAAUGUUGUAUGUUGAAAGCAACCAUUUUGAAUGGCACUCAUGUUGAAUGUACCAGUGGUGCAGUUGGUCAUGCCAAAAAUGUCUAUCUGUCCAUCCGUCCUUACUUGAGCUAGAAUUUUGUUUGCCCUCUUUGGGCAGAUUGCAGAUUAGCAUGGUGAAGAGGCACAGUGGGGGGCGGGGGGCCCUGCCCUCUUUUAAUAUUUAAUUAAAUGUUUUGCAACUGUAAAGACACAACCACACCCACAGAGUCUAUAUACAUUUUAUUUGCACUUUCGAACCUAAACAUUCAGAUAAAGUACAGCAUUUACUGCUAUUUUUACCACAUUGACAUUCUGAUAACAAAAUUUGACUCACAAAAUUUGAGUAAAACAAGAACUUACUGGAACUAUAUAUUACAUUUUGAGAUGUUCAUCCUUUAGAGAUUGGAAACUUUUCCGCUUUCUUCUUUUUUUCUAUUUGAAUCAAAUUCCACAUUUUCCAGACAAAUAAACUAUGAAUCUGAUUGGUCAAGCUCCAACCAAAUAAGCAGAGCCUUAACCACAGAGUUGUGGUCUUUGAGGCUUGGUGUCUUCCAACGUUUGGACGUCCAGCACACCAUAAUCAAAUGACUGAAUGAUCUGCUCAUAUACACAGGUUCUGUAGACUCCUGUUAAUUACUCAAUAUGUAAUUGAUGCAGAGGUGUAUUAAGGUCCUUGUGUGUUUUGCAGGGUGCUUAGGAAAAAGAUCAUUACUAUCAUUGUCAUUAUUAAUGAAAACCAGGUAUAAUUUUUCUUCCACUUCCCAGCCUUUGAAUUGUUUGCAUCAUGUUCAAUCCCAUUAACAUACUUUGAGGUUGGAGGUAGAAACAUGACAAAAUGCUAAAAAAAAAAAAACUUCAAGACUUAUGAAUACUUUUGAAAACACAGCAAACCUGACUCACACGAGUGUACGGUGCAUGUUUAUCAGUUAAAGUCUGUGCUUUGGUUCUUCUUUUUUAAGAGGUGACCUCUGUGACCCGGGUCGCACAAAGACGUCACGUGACACUGAAUGAUCUUGAAACGUCCCUGGUGAUAUUCCUCUGGCCAGCUGAUCAAAAAUGCACCAAAUAAGAGACACCUAGUCACGGGUUUCUGCUGCAUCAGUGUGGCUGUCUUGACAAUUCCUAGCGGCAGGUAGAGGGCUGCAUCCUCUUGGACGCAUAGAAACAGCGCAGCUGAAACUUUCUAGUAACUCGUGUUGCACGGAGCACUUGGGGACAAGCUGUACCCAAUGAAUGAGCCACUCCUCUGACGAUGCUGCCGAGCGCUGCCCUGCCCGACACGCCCCCAGCAUGGAUACAGCGAGCUGGAGCUGGCGCUCGGGAGACGCGCUCACUGUGCCGGAGACAGUCUGAAGCCGCAAUGGGAGUUAACGCAUCCAAGUUUCAAGAGUUCCUGCUACCGGUGUCGCUGCACUAAACAAAGACUCUGGUUUCUGUUUUCUCCCUCCCUUUCUAUCUCUCUCUCUCUCUCUCUCUCUUCUCUCUCCCUCCCUCUCUUUCUGUGCGAGGGAGAGGUCUUCUCUGCGUUUUUUUUUUUCUUUUUUUUUUGUUUGGUGCGAGGCGUUUCUCGCACAGGAUGUUGAUGAUUUUGGAAAGCCGGGUAAGAUCAUAAAGUCAGUUCUCUCUGAUGAGAACGACCUCCACCUCACCGCCACUACACAAAGGGAAGCACGGUACAAGUACUUUUUUUUAAUUUUUUUUAACAACCUCCUACACGCGGAUUUAUUUCAUUUCCCCCCCCCUCCGAAUGUCAUUAAGAAGCAGAGGAGGCUGUUUCAAAGACAGAAUGGAUCACUUUGCAGCAGAGUGCCUUGUUUCAAUGUCCAGUCGUGCAGUUGUUCACCCUCCUAAGGGCAACAGGGAGAUUAAACCGGAGAUCCCAACCUCUUCCAGGACAGGGGAAGAAAUAAAGGAGCCCCUGGUGAAGGAGAACUCCUCGAUUUUCGUGGUGGCGAGGAUCCUGGCGGAUUUUAACCAGCAGACACCCAACGGCGUUGCCGAGCAGGCAAAGAUAAAGGAGGAGAGCACGCCGAACCUGAGAGAGGAUGGAAACUCUGCCACACCUACCGCCACCUCCGAUCCUGCGCUCAGACAAAGAGGCAAGAGAUCGAGAGGUCGGACAGAGCAGGAGCCACCUCAGAAAAAGCACAAAUGCAACUAUUCUGGCUGUGAAAAAGUUUAUGGCAAAUCCUCCCACCUCAAAGCUCAUCUAAGGACACACACAGGUGAACGGCCCUUCCCAUGCACCUGGCCCGACUGCAGUAAGAAGUUUGCCCGUUCUGAUGAGCUGGCCCGCCACUACCGCACCCACACGGGAGAGAAGAAGUUUGGCUGUCCACUUUGCGACAAGCGCUUCAUGCGCAGCGACCACCUGAUGAAGCACGCCAGGCGCCACUCAGAUUUCCAGCCCGGCAUGUUGAAGAAGCCCCACAGUGGCAGCGCCACGCGCCCCAGCUCUCUCAGCGACUACAGCCGCUCGGAUGCAUCCAGUCCCACCAUCAGCCCCACCCUCAGUCCAGCCAGCUCGCCUUAAACUGAAACCUGGUCGCACUUUUCAAGCCCACCGACGUGAGGCCUGCAAUUUCAUCAUAACACUUCUGUUGCACAGUUGUCAGCAACCCGCCACCCCCUCCUUUGCUAUUCCUGCGCUAGCUGUGGUGUACCAUACUGUACAUAAGUGCUUAUUGUAGUACAAUUACUUGUGUGAUCCUAAAAGAAGAUAAUGCCUUUCCCAGAUGGCGAUAUCUCCAUUCUGUACCACAUGUCUGUAUUUUUUAAGCUUCUGACUAUGGCUAGUUGUUUAUUGUAUAUUCACAGUUUAGAAGAAGGAAAACAAAACAGACACCGUCAUAUGUCUUCUCAAAAUGUUUUGAUUUUAACAGAUUUUUUUUUUUUUAUUGAAUGGGUUAGGAGAAGGGGUUCACACACACACCUCAGGAUCGAAGACAGUUGCUCUUUCUGUAAUACCACAGUACUCAAGAGUACUCACAUUGACUGCACAAUAUACUCAUCACUUUAUUCGAAAAUUCAACGGGGAGUUGAAUUUUGCGCCCUGCUCAGGGAUGGCCUUGUUAGCUUGAAAGAAUGAACAUGGUGAAAAGAAACAUACAGUACAUACUAUACUUCAGCCUUACACUCAACACAAUUUGCACUCUAUGCUUUGUUUGUUGGCUUUCACAUUUGAAGAAACCAGACAUAAAGUCAUGCGGUCAUUUUUUUUGCGAAGCUUCAGUUCGUGUUCUGUCCUACGUCUAAGGUGAAGGUCAAAUGUAACUCUUAAUUUCCGAGAAAACAAUCAUUGAGCCUGCCGUGGAAAACAAAUACGUCAGUGCUAAUACCUUUUGACGUUACACUGGGUAUAAGAUGUGCACUGCAUUAAAAAGUUUUAGCAGUGCAAAGUGUGUGAAUCUACAUGUUCAGGCGGAUUGGGAUUAUAUUGGGUUAAUAUUUUUUUAUAAAUGUACAUAGGUUUAAAAUAAAUAAAUAAAAGAAACCCUACUGAACCUUUACACACUGAGAACGAAGUUUAAAAGCAGCUGUUGAUGCCUAAAAGUAACAGAGUUCAAUGAAAUGCUUUUGAAGACUAUUUUGAUUUACAUUAAAGACCUGCAUGAUUUAUGGGGAAUAACUUAAAAACACAUUUACUUAAAAGCUUGUAAUUAGCUUAAUUAUUAGCUUAAGAAACGUAAACACAGCAUUGCCAACUUUAAUUGGUGUUUUCCAGCUCUUGGAUGUGUGUUGACUUCCUUUACAUUAAGGCUACUCAACCCUUCAAGGCAUUUUUGGAGUUAAUGAGGUACAUCAAACUCUUUUAAAGUCAACAAAUAACUCAGUCUCAUGAUCUACAGUGUAAUCUGUCAAAACUUCUUAAGGGAGAUUUUUUUCAAAUCUCUUAAUUAAAUAAAAAGUUGAAUCUAAAAGACUUCUGUGCAAAAUAUCAACAUAAUUAAUACUCUACUUAACAGAUAGGGGGCAAAAGUCAAAGAGAGAAAGAGGGGCUAAACUAGAGAUUAAUGUUGACAAAACCAUAAAAUCUAGACACAUGAGCUCAAAUGGGCAGGAGAACGAAUAGUCACUGGAGAUGAAAGGUCAAAUUUAGGAGGUCUGUGGACUUUCCUGUAGCAUAUUGUAAGCUUCAGAACAAUUACUGAUGACGGGUUUUAACCAAACUAAAAUCCUUGUUUUCACACCAAACCUCUUUGGGUAAAUACUUUCCUAUGACGAAGGAGCUAGUUGUGGAUAGCAACAAGAAUUCUUAGAUUUUGAUUAUCUAAACAUUCGAUUUUAAGGCCAAAUGGUGCUUUAUGGCGUUUGUAGUUUUAUCACAGCAUGAAAACCACAACAUUCCUUAGCCAGAGCUACAAAUCACCAACUUAACGCACACAGGUUAAUCUAAGAAGCAAUGAAUGAAUGAGGUAAGCCAUAGCUAAAUGUACUUUAGGAUUGAAUCUGAAAAAAAUAAUAAUAAUCAGGAAAGAUUUAAGACAUAUAAACUCGAGAUAGCUCAAAGUAGGACUUUUGAAAACUUUGCAAAAACCCUGAUUACUAUCUGAUCAGCACAUAUUUCACUUAAAAUGGAGACCAAACAGCUUCAGUAGUAGCAAGAUAUUUCCAUCUCAUCAAGCACAUGGGAGAAUGUACCAAAGAAGUGCUUUUUAUUCAGUGCUGUAGGGAAUAUUGCAGGUAAUCACACACUCAGUCACUUCCUCCUGGCUCAAGUUCCCAGGAGGAAACAGCUGCACCCAAAAGAAGACUUUCCCACCCCGCUGGAGGUAGUGCUAGCAUGCCGUUCGCCCUGCGAGGCCUUUCUCAUCUGGCUCUACCUGUUCUUUCAGCGAGACAGCUGAAUUACAUUAGUAUUGCCUAAUUAGGAGGUCAGACGUUGGCUAGCGCAAUUGGCUGAUCUGAGCUGAGGGAACAAAGCAGAUAUCAGCAACAAACAGGCAAGAGAGGGCAGGUCCUGAUAAAAGAGGAGAGGUUUUAUCACAAGCCGAACAGCACAAAGGAGGAGACACACAGAAGCAGACACCCCCCAUUUCCUCCUCCCUCCAACUGUAGAAACAGGCAGCAGAAAAAUAGCUGUAAUUGGUAGCUUGAUCUGAACUGCAGGAUAAGAGGAAAUGUGUAAGAACAAGAGCUGUUUGUAGACAGCACUAGCAGCGUGGGUGGGAAGUGCCUGACUCCAUCCAAAGCACAAACAGAAUUCCUUCUCAUACGAGCCGGAGAAUCAGAUUUCACAAUGCAGAGGAAACCGUCGCUCUGGGCUUGCGUUGAUAAACCUGAGCUUCCAAACAGCUGCUUUCAAACUUCCUGUCUCUUUUGCAAGUUGGGGGGAUUUGGGGGACUUUCGAAGAGUUGCAAAAACAUCGGAACCAAAAUCAACAUAUCAGCAAAUUGCAGUGCUCACCAGACUGAUGUCAACCCAGCAUUUGAAGCUCAAAUGUCCCUGUGAGAAAGCCGACAGACAUGCCUCAGUAAGUCAGGCGAAAGUGGAAACAAGCACCACUAUCAAAACUGCUGGACCCCUGCCGGUCUAUGUGUUAUGCCCGCACUUUUUAAGUGCUUCACUGCUGCAGUUGGAUCCGCAUCCAUGCAGUUCAGACUCCUUCAGACUUACUGCCAUCAGAGCUAACUCAAGCGGUAUCUUGCGUUCGACGCUACAUGCAUGUUAACUUUGCUCUGAAAGCGAGGAGUAUUUUCUUUUUUUUCCCCUUUGAGUCGGUCUGGCAGGUGUAAGUUCAUGAAUGUCAGGCCUUGUCCUUUUUCCUCAACUGCAGCCAUCUUCUCUUUAAAGUCAAAAUGAAUCCCCCUCUCAUUCUCCCUUAUUUAGCUUGGAAAGCAAUGGAUUUAUCUCAAAACACAAUCCUUUGUGUGAUGUUAUAAUAGUUUGCGGGCUGCAAGAUGACACUUUGAAUGCCACUGAUCUGCAGCUCUCAAAGACAGAGGUGUGAGAGUUCACCAUUUUUUUUUUCUUGAAGCAACAACUGCUGUUGAUCAGCUUACCUUUUGUAUAUUCCUGUCUUGGUUCUAAUCUUUCCAACCUGGUUUAAAGCGCUCACGUGCAAAA